AUGAGCAGCGGCAGCGCCGGCCCCUCCCGGGCCCGGACCAGCUCGUUCGCCGACGCCGCCGCGGGCGGGGCCCCCCCCGGCCCCGGAGCCCCCGCCCCGCCCGGACCCGCCCCGGGGGCCGCGCCGGGCGCCAAGGCGGGGGCGGCGGGGCCUGGGCCGGGGGGGGGCGGCGGGACCGGGCCCUUCCCGCCGGGCCUGAAACUCGGCCGGGACAGCGGGAAGGUGAGCACGGUGGUGGCCACGCCCGGCCAGGGCCCGGAGCGCCCCCAGGAGGUCUCGUACUCGGAUAUCAAGGUCAUCGGGAACGGUUCCUUCGGCGUGGUCUAUCAGGCCCGCCUGGCCAACUCCGGGGAGCUGGUGGCCAUCAAAAAAGUGCUGCAGGACAAGCGCUUCAAGAACCGGGAGCUGCAGAUCAUGCGCAAGCUGGAUCACUGCAACAUCGUGCGGCUGCGCUACUUCUUCUACUCCAGCGGGGAGAAGAAGGACGAGGUGUACCUGAACCUGGUGCUGGACUUCGUGCCCGAGACGGUGUACCGCGUGGCACGCCACUUCACCAAGGCCAAGCAGCCCAUCCCCGUCAUCUACGUCAAGGUGAGCCGGGGGCCAGCUGCACACAGGAUGGGG